GGCAGCAGCGGGAGCCAUCCCCCGGACUGAGCGCGCGGAGAGGCGGGCAGCAGCGACCAGCUGUGCGGGAGGAGGAAGCGGCUCCGCGGCUGAAGUGUCAAAGGUCUGAUCUGCUCCUUCCUACCUGGAGCGACUCCUCCGGUUUCAGUGCAGAGCUCCACUCUGCGUCAGCAACAGCUGUCCCGCAGCCACAGAGCUGCGUCCUCACAGGCUGGACGGAGGACUUGCUUUUUGUUUCUCAAGUUUCUUGGAUUCUGUGGAAAUAUUUUUGCUGGACCGUGCAAGAUGGGCAAGACGCUGUGAUGCUGUGGACGCUCGCACCCAAUCGUUACUCAGCUGCUGCCCAGAUCAGAGGCGUGGGACAGCGUGGAGACGGAUCUUCAGACUGCACUGCGGUCCCAGGCCCUGCAGCCUUUACGUACCCAGCUGGGCUCCUGCAGUGGAGCUCCAGCAGCAGGGGGCCAGUGCACAUGGAUGUGGGAUCAUCAUUUCGUUGUUGUUGAUGUUCUUAGACUUCUUCUAGGGAGACCCUGGUGAGGCGGUAUCCCUUCGCGAUGCGAAGAUGGCGCCCGUGCUCCCUCCCCGAGGCGCCGAUGCGUUCCGCCCCUUCAGCCAGGAAUCACUGGCGGAGAUCGAGAGGGUCAAGGAGGAAAGAAAAAAGGCUGCAGAAGUAGAGGGCCAUGAGGACGAAACGACAGAAGCCCCGAACGCCGACCUGGAGGCGGGGAAGAGCCUGCCCAUGAUCUACGGAGACCCUCCAUCUGAGAUGCUCAACACACCUCUGGAGGACCUGGACCCCUUCUACAAAGGACAGAACACAUUCGUUGUGAUCACCAGAGGAAACACAAUCUUCAGGUUCAACGCUGAGCCGGCUUGCUACAUUCUGAGCCCCUUUAGUUUGCUUAGGAGAGGAAGCAUCAAAAUUCUUAUACAUUCAUUAUUUAGCAUGUUCAUCAUGAUUACGAUUCUGUCGAAUUGUGUAUUCAUGACGAUGAGCAACCCACCAGCAUGGAGUAAAACCGUGGAGUAUGUUUUCACUGGUAUUUACACCGUCGAGGCAACAGUCAAAGUGUUGUCCAGAGGUUUCUGUGUGGGGUCUUUUACAUUCCUUCGAGAUCCGUGGAAUUGGCUGGAUUUCAUGGUGAUCAGCAUGGCAUACGUCACUGAGUUCGUUGACCUUGGCAACGUGUCAGCCCUCAGGACGUUUCGUGUUCUUCGAGCCCUUAAAACAAUUACUGUGAUUCCUGGUUUGAAAACCAUCGUGGCCGCUCUGAUCCAGUCGGUGAAGAAAAUGGUGGACGUCAUGAUUCUGACGGUGUUUGCUCUGGCGGUUUUCGCCCUCAUCGGCCUCCAGCUCUUCAUGGGAAAUCUGCGACACAAAUGUGUGCUGUGGCCGAUCGAAACUUCAAAUGAAACUUCAUUCGAAUUUUUCAACACCACGGCAACGUUCGGCGACACGGUGUCCCACGACGGCACCAUGGGCGUGAAUCAGACGACGUAUUCCAACAGCACCUUUGAUUUCAUGGAAUAUAUUCAAAACUCCGAUAAUCACUAUUUUGUGGAAGGAAGCCUCGAUGCUCUACUCUGUGGGAACAGCUCUGAUGCUGGAAUGUGCCCCGAAAAAUUCACCUGCAUGAAGGCCGGGAGGAACCCCAACUAUGGCUACACCAGCUUUGACUCGUUUGGCUGGGCCUUCCUCGCCCUCUUCAGACUCAUGACCCAGGACUACUGGGAGAACCUUUUCCAGCUGAUCCUGCGGGCAGCUGGUAAGACAUACAUGCUGUUCUUUGUGGUGAUUAUCUUCCUGGGGUCCUUCUAUCUCAUCAACCUCAUCCUGGCCGUGGUAGCCAUGGCUUACGACGAGCAGAAUCAGGCAACCCAGCGAGAGGCCAUAGAGAAAGAGGAGGAGUUCCAGCGGCUACUAGAGCAACUCAGGAAUCAAGACCAGCCUCUGAAUCUUGGGAGCCGAGCCACUUUAACCAGUAAGAAGUCGCUGAGUCAUCACACGUCGUCUCAGUUGGGGGACGAUGAACUGAGUCUUGAAUGUGACGACAUUGUCAAGGAUUGCAACGGGAGAGUCAUUCCCAACAUACUCAUCAGAGCGCCCACCAUGGUUAAGUCUGCUGCAGAUUAUGAACUCGAGGAAAGGUCACUGGGCUCUGUGCACAGCAUGAUCCAUCUGGACGGACCAGGCCUGACGCAGAGGACAGCGAGUGCUAUGACCGUGCUCACUGCAGCUGCUAUGGAAGAGUUGGAGGAUGCCCAGAGGCCGUGCCCACCCGGCUGGUACAAGUUUGCCGACAAGUUCCUGAAGUGGGACUGCUCCCCGUCCUGGGUGGUCUUUAAAAACUGGAUGUACGUCGUGGUGAUGGACCCUUUCGUCGACUUGACCAUCACCAUCUGCAUCGUGCUCAACACCCUCUUCAUGGCCAUGGAGCACUCCCCCAUGACUCCGGAGUUUGAGUACAUGCUCUUAGUGGGGAAUCUGGUUUUCACAGGGAUCUUUACAGCGGAAAUGGUCUUCAAGCUUGUUGCAAUGGAUCCUUACUAUUACUUUCAAGUUGGCUGGAACAUCUUCGACAGCAUCAUUGUCACGCUCAGUCUCGUGGAGUUGGGGCUGGCGAAUGUCCAGGGGCUCUCUGUCCUCCGGUCUUUCCGUCUGCUGCGUGUCUUCAAACUGGCCAAAUCCUGGCCAACGCUCAACAUGCUGAUCAAGAUCAUCGGAAACUCAGUGGGCGCUUUAGGGAACCUGACUUUGGUGCUGGCCAUCAUUGUCUUCAUCUUCGCCGUGGUGGGCAUGCAGCUGUUUGGGAAGAACUACAAGGACUGCGUGUGCAAGAUCUCCUUAGAUUGCGAGCUGCCACGCUGGCACAUGCACGACUUCUUCCACUCGUUUCUCAUCGUGUUCCGCAUCCUGUGCGGGGAGUGGAUCGAGACCAUGUGGGACUGCAUGGAGGUGGCAGGAGCUGGGAUGUGUUUGGUCGUCUUCAUGCUGGUCAUGGUCAUCGGAAAUCUUGUGGUGUUGAACCUCUUCCUGGCCUUGCUCCUCAGCUCGUUCAGCGGGGACAACCUCUCAGCGGGAGACGAGGACGGGGAGAUGAACAACCUCCAGAUUGCCAUCGGCAGGAUCACGCGAGGCAUCGACUGGUUCAAGGCGUUCGUCGUGCGAAUCGUUCAGCAGAAUCUCGACAAAAAACCCAGGGGGCCCGAGGAGGGUCCGACGGAUGGCUCGGAGCCAAAAACAGAAGGAAUCGAAAUGAACCACUUAGACACCUGUCAGGAUUUCAAAAUGGCAGACGGGAUAUCUAAUUGUCUGGUUGAAGGCCGGCCUUCUGGACUUCCUGUGGACGGAGAGCUCAGUCUCAAUGUGCCAAUCGCCCAGGGAGAGUCGGACUUUGAAAACCUGGGCGAGGAGGAUGAUGAAGACGAUGAUGACGACGACGAUGCUGAUGACGCUAUUGACUUAGAGAUGUUAGAUGAAGAGAGCAACCAGAACACAGAAAACUCAGAAGAUGAAUGUAACAUGCCAAGAAAACUGAUGGGUGCUUUGUGUGACGGGGAUUCUUCGAUAUGCAGCACAGUGGACUACCAACCACCGGAGCCUGAACCAGAAGAGGUGGAAGAGGAAGAGCCGGAACCAGUGGAACCAGAGGCCUGCUUCACUGACGAAUGUGUGAGUCGCUGGCCAUGUCUGACUGUGGACAUCACCCAAGGUAGAGGCAAGAAGUGGUGGAACCUCCGCAGGGCUUGCUUCACUAUCGUGGAGCACGACUGGUUUGAAACCUUCAUCAUCUUCAUGAUCCUGCUCAGCAGCGGGGCUCUGGCCUUUGAAGACAUAUACAUAGAAAGACGCCGAACCAUCAAAAUUAUUCUGGAGUAUGCUGACAAAAUUUUCACCUACGUCUUUGUCAUCGAGAUGCUCCUUAAAUGGGUGGCAUACGGCUUCAAGACCUACUUCACCAACGCCUGGUGCUGGUUAGACUUUUUCAUUGUAGAUAUUUCCCUGAUUAGUUUAGUUGCCAACUGGAUGGGCUACUCUGACCUUGGGCCAAUCAAAUCCCUCAGAACCCUCAGGGCGCUGAGGCCCCUCCGAGCAUUGUCCAGAUUUGAAGGGAUGAGGGUGGUGGUGAACGCUCUCGUUGGGGCGAUUCCCUCCAUCUUCAACGUGCUUCUGGUGUGUUUGAUCUUCUGGCUCAUCUUCAGCAUCAUGGGAGUAAACCUGUUCGCCGGCAAGUUCUACCGCUGCAUCAACACCACCACAGAGGAGCUUUUCCCGCUCACCGAGGUCAACAACCGGAGCGACUGCAUGGCCAUGGAGGAAGCCACGCAGGAGGCGCGCUGGGUCAACGUCAAAGUCAACUACGACAACGUGGGGCAAGGCUACCUGUCGCUGCUUCAAGUGGCAACGUUCAAAGGUUGGAUGGACAUCAUGUACGCUGCUGUGGACUCAAGAGAGGUGGAAGAGCAACCGUCUUAUGAGAUCAACCUCUACAUGUACAUCUACUUUGUCAUCUUCAUCAUCUUCGGCGCCUUCUUCACACUCAAUCUCUUCAUCGGCGUCAUUAUUGACAAUUUCAACCAACAAAAGAAAAAGUUUGGAGAUAAAGACAUAUUUAUGACUGAGGAACAGAAGAAAUACUACGAAGCCAUGAAGAAGCUCGGUUCAAAGAAGCCACAGAAGCCAAUUCCACGUCCGACAAACCUAAUCCAGGGCGUGGUGUUUGACUUCAUCAGUCAGCAGUUCUUUGACAUCUUCAUCAUGGUGCUCAUCUGCCUCAACAUGGUGAGCAUGAUGGUGGAGACGGACAACCAGAGCCCGGAGAAGGAGGAUUUCCUCUUUAAAUUGAACGUGUCGUUCAUCGUCGUCUUCACCGGGGAGUGUCUGUUGAAGCUCUUCGCCCUGCGGCAGUACUUCUUCACCAACGGGUGGAACGUGUUUGAUUUUGUUGUGGUCAUCUUGUCAAUAGCUGGCACGAUGCUCUCUGACAUCAUUGAGAAGUACUUUGUGUCGCCCACUCUGUUCAGAGUGAUCCGACUGGCCAGAAUAGGCAGGAUUCUGCGUCUUAUUAAAGGAGCCAAGGGCAUCCGGACGCUUCUCUUUGCUCUGAUGAUGUCACUUCCUGCCCUCUUCAAUAUUGGUCUCCUACUCUUCCUCAUCAUGUUCAUCUUCUCCAUAUUUGGCAUGUCAAACUUUGCCUAUGUCAAGAAGGGGGCUGGGAUCGAUGACAUUUUUAACUUUGAGACGUUUGGCGGUAGCAUCAUCUGCCUGUUUGAGAUCACGACGUCGGCGGGCUGGGACGGGCUUUUGCUCCCGAUGCUGAACAGCAACUUUCCAGACUGUGAUCCAAACUUUGAGAACCCGGGAACCGACGUAAAGGGUAACUGUGGCAACCCGGGCAUGGCCAUGAUUUUCUUCUGCAGCUACAUCAUCGUCUCCUUCUUGGUGGUGGUCAACAUGUACAUCGCCAUCAUCUUGGAGAACUUCAACGUGGCGCAGGAGGAGAGCGGUGACGCGCUCUGCGAGGACGACUUCGAAAUGUUCAACGAGACGUGGGAGAAGUUCGACUUAGACGGGACUCAGUUCAUUGAGUACAGCAGGCUCUCCGAUUUUUGUGACACCUUGCAGGAGCCGCUGAGGGUGGCCAAGCCCAACCUGCUUCGCCUGAUUGAGAUGGACAUGCCGCUGGUCAUCGGGGACAGGAUCCACUGCCUGGAUGUCUUGCUGGCCGUCACAAAGAUUGUCCUGGGAGACACGGUGGAGAUGGCGGCAAUGAAGGAGAGCAUAGAGGCGAAAUUCAUCCUGAACAACCCCACAUCAGACUCCUUUGCACCGAUUACCACAACGAUGCGCCACAAAGAAGAGCAGAUGGCGGCUGUGGUCAUUCAGAGGGCUUACCGCACCCACCUGCUAAAACGCUGCAUACGCCACGCCGCUUUCAUGCACCGCUCUAAGAGGUCGGGUAAAAAGGAUGGAAGUGGUGAUCCGCCAGAAAGGGAGGGGCUGCUUGCACGGAAGCUGGGAGUGCUCUAUGGGAGCAACGCAGAGCUGGCGGAGGAGAUGGAGCAGGCCGCUCUGGAAACUCUGGCAAACCAAGAGCCUCUCACUCCUGAGACAGUGCCACAGCACACAGGGGCCCAGUGUGGCCCCGAACCCCCUGAGCCACAUGUCAUGGUCGUACCUGUCGAAAUUACUAAUGAGGUUUUAUUACAUUCGGCCCCCGACCGACAGCUCUUCCCUGUAGACGCAAACCUGAGAGAGUCCAUCGUAUAACAAGCACUGUCGUCUUUUUUUAUUUUACCAGCUGUUCGUUAAGUCCCUAUAAUGAUGCAAAUUUUCCACGUUAGAUGAAGCGUUGACACGGAGCCACGGAAUGUUUUUAACUUGGUUUUUCACCGUUUAACUCAACAAACAAUUCUUCAAUUUGUCUUUUGGGGUUGAAAGUAAAACUGGGGUUCAUGGUUUUUCUCUAAAAAAUAAUAAUGUACAUUAUUUCUAAAUUUGGGAGGUCGGUAAAUAACUUCAUAUCAAUAUUUGUGCCUGAAGAUUUAACUGAACACCGGCAGGAGAAUUGCAACACUUCGUUUUUCUUUAUAAUCAUUAUCAGAAAUCAAAAAACGUUGUUAUAUAUUCAUAAACAAACCAACCAUGCGCUCCAGUUCCUGACCAAAGAGCAACUUGAACAUCACAUGAACAUCACAAAGGAUUUUGUGCUUCACGUCAUAAACACUUUUGGACACUUUAAAGGAACCUCAAUCAUUUCUCUCCUCUUGGGAUCCUCCUGAUUCCACCACUGUCCUUUUCUACAGAGCGACCUUUUUGAAACUACUUAUUCAUGAGAGCCACGUUGACAUUGUCCCAUUUUCUUGGCUAAAAGAGUUCAUUUAUUUGAAUUGUUGCAAAAUGUAUUCCUGCUUACUCUAAGACACUUUAAUGUGGAAUCUCAUCAGCGUGACGGCUCGACAUGCUAAUCAAUGAUUCUCUGAGGUGGAAUCAGUUGUUUGCAGAUGUGAAAUAUAUUAACCAGAAGUCACUCAGUAGCUCGUACCUCUGCCCAACACUCCCCUUAUGAAAACACGUCAGAAUUUACUAGAACCACAUCUUUAUUUGGAUCUGAACCAAAUUGCAAACACAAAUUUUUUUUAAAUCAAGAUCCAUGAAUUAUUCUCUGACAAAACAACGAAAAUGUGGAAUGUUAAGGAAAAAACAAUCCUGUGUCCGCCCCCUGAUAUGGAUCUGCAACCAAACGUAAUGAUUUCUUCCUGCGUCAACAUUGAGCACAUCUGGAUCAGAUCAGAAACCCUGAUUUCUGAAUAAUCACUGUUAACAUUAAUACGAGCCGGCUAAUGCUCUUAACACGUGUCCCCCGACUGGCUCGCUCAGAAGGCCCAGUUUGUAUUGCACUAUUUAUACCCCUUCCAGGUCAAGUUAGAGCAGUUGACUAUGUGAGACUGAGAGACCUUCCUGUUUCCUAAGAUGAUUUCAUCACUGAUAUAUGCAUGUCUUAUGAAACUGUUUAGUUUUUCUGUGACUGUCCCCUCGGAUAUUGAUUGAAAGAAAGAGUAAAGAACCCUCUGUGAAGUUUGACUGCAGGACACAACCACUAACCUCCGUUAUUGUCUAUUAAACAAGAAUAAUUCUAGCGACGACAUAUAAGUCCUUUGGUAAAUUGCUGUACGUUUUCAAUGGAAGUUUUGCCUCAGGUUAUGCCGAGUGUGGACUCUGUCUUUUGGCUCGAUCUUAAUUGAAUUUCUCAAGCGCAGCCCCACAGGAGUGAAAAAGUUUCUGUAGAUAUAACGACAACUAUUUAUGUAUGAACUGUGGAUCUAGUCAUCCUGUCCUCACGUAGAAAGGUUGCUUCACUUGCUGUUUCGUAAGUCUUAACUGAAUUUUAAAAUGUCUUACUCUGAACAUAAAUAACAUAAGCACUUUUUCUAGUUUUUUCUUUUUUUUUUUUUACACUGGACUGUAGAAGACGGCCUCUUCUCUCAUCCGUGUGUUCAUCACUGUUUUAACAUCAAACCCUGGAGGAAGAAAGAAAAAUCAAACGUGUCCUCUGUGAGGGGUCUCUCUUUGUCUUAUCCUGCGGGCGCAGCAUGGCGGUUAUUCCUGUCGGGACGUCUGUGCGGUGACCUGCGUCAAUCCUGUUUCAGUUUGACACGUUGCACCGCCACUUAGCCGCCAUCUUCCCUGAUGGCACAGUCAUAUUCACAAGGUGGUGUCCUCCUUUUGUUUACAUUUCUAAUGGAGGGGAAGUCAUUACUGCUCCACCCACAGUCAGUGUUGCCUGUAUAUACACCCUGUUCCUCUGUAUUGUUUAUUUAUAUCAUUUUGUUAUUGUAAAAAGUUGUAACAAUGUUGUUAGAAUAAAGUUCUCGUAGGGAAAUGUAAGAGCUUA